UAUCACUUUUGUAUUGUGAGUUAGAGAUAUAUAGGGUAUAUCUGUAUUUCCAAACUUGUGCUGUGUUUCUGCAUGACACCCCCAGACAGUUUGGCAUCAGCACUGCCUAGCCUGUUUGAUGGUCCAUCAAGGAUCAUCGGCUGUACAAUUGACCCAUUGAGAGAAGGCAAGGGAUACACCUUAUGAGUCAGCAAGGCAUGUAGUAACUUUUCUACAAACGAAGAUCUAAACAAAGUAAUGAAAGACCCAUUCAAGCUGUGGAUGUGUUCCAGAGGGACUUCCAAGCCAGCAAACUCACCAAUACGCCUAAGAACAUGAUAUAUGGACUUGGAAGUCUCUGUAUAUAUUUGAGUACUUUAUCAUUUAACAACUCUUUAUAAUAAGCCUUUAGUUUUAGACACUAAAGGAUUGGCUGGCAGCAUGGUAUUUUGGGUAGGAUCCAAACUAAUAUUGACCUGGUAACAUGGCUGACCCUAUGGGGUCAGAAGAACAUUUGGUAUAUGUGAGCAGAGUCUUUAAAUAACUUCUCACUGUAUUGGACCUCAGUGCUGAUUGGGAUCCAGAGAACUGGAAUGCAAUAAGGGGGUUGUGGGGAUUUCUUUUUUUUCAUUUCUUGAUAACCAGCGUGGGAGAUCAGAAGUACUGUCUGUGACUGGUUGGUGAGUUUAACUUCAGUGUUAAACACUAGUUUGGGGAGUAUCUGCUCUCCCUUCUGCAGCCUGGCCUGACCUUGGCAUUUUCAGUGAGGGCAGCCCCGGGCACCCCGGGUCACAGGGGUGUGUGAGGGAAUUAUGAAGAAAGCCUGUAAUCUGAUAUUUGGAGAAAAGAAGGUGGAGUCAUGGCCAGGAAGAGCUGAGGAUCCCCAUAUUAACCCAGAACGGGAACAGCCGGGCAAUUGAAUGUUUGCAAACUCAGAGACAAAAUGGACCAGAGCCGCACUAAGAAAGAAGCUUUUGAGACAUGUUUUGAUCCAAAAGAUUAUUUGAAAACUUAUUAUUCCUUUGACUCCACAAGCAGUGAAAAAAAUGAUAUUUUGAUGUUUCUUCUGAGAAACUUCUUUAAGACCUUCAUUUUGGAUGGUGUUAAAGGCAACACCUUGAUUCGUAUUGGCAAUGCUCCCACCAUUUUCGAACUGCUCUCUGCCUGUGAGUCCUUCAAGGAGAUCAUCGUCACAAACUAUAUGGAUCGGAACUGCCAGGAACUGCAGAAAUGGCUAAAGAAAGAGCCAGGAGAGUUUGACUGGACUCCAGUGGUGAAAUACGUGUGUGAGCUGGAAGGGGACAGGAAAAAGUGGGCUGAGAAGGAAGAGAAAUUACGAAGAACGGUCAAGCAGGUUCUGGAAUGUGAUGUCACCAAAUUCAACUCUGUGACCUUUGCCUCUCUGCCCCCUGCUGACUGCCUGCUCUUGUGCUAUUGUUUGGGAACAAAUUGCAAAGACCUGAGUACCUACCGUGCUGCACUGAAGAACAUCAGCUCCCUGUUAAAGCCAGGGGGUCACUUGCUGAUGGUGACCACAAUGAAGUGUAGUCAUUUUGUAGUUGGCCAACACAAGUUUCCCUGCCUCUUUCUGGAGAAGGAGGUUCUGGAGGAAGCAGUGAAGGAGGCUGGUUAUGAUAUUUUGAAGUUUGAGAUGUCUCCCACAUGCUAUCCAGCUAGUUUGGUAGAGCAUGAGGGGAUCUCUUACCUAGUUGCUUCCAAAGGGAAGGGCAAAGAAGAUUAAAGAGAAAAUACAUCAGCCCAAGGCAAGUAGAGAGGCAGAAUAGAUUAGUUGUAGGUGCUGGUAAAACUGAAGAUCAAUGUGCUCUAUGGAGCUU